GCGGGCGGGAGGGCCACCCGGGACAGGAAGGCUGGCGGCGCUCACCUUUCUCCCCGAACCGGGUGACCCAGGGGAUUUCUUUUAUGGUGGCUUGUUCUGAAAUGCCAAAACCACCCGAUUAUUCAGAACUGAGUGACUCUUUAACGCUUGCCGUGGGAACAGGAAGAUUUUCGGGACCACUGCACAGAGCAUGGAGAAUGAUGAACUUCCGUCAGCGGAUGGGGUGGAUCGGAGUGGGACUGUAUCUGUUAGCAAGUGCAGCAGCAUUUUACUAUGUUUUUGAAAUCAAUGAGACUUACAACAGGCUGGCUUUGGAGCACAUUCAACAGCACCCAGAGGAGCCUGGUGAAGGAACCACAUGGACACACUCCUUGAAAGUUCGCUUACUCUCCCUGCCUUUUUGGUUGUGGACAAUUAUUUUUCUGAUACCUUACUUACAGAUGUUUUUGUUCCUUUAUUCUUGUACAAGAGCUGAUCCCAAAACUGUGGGCUACUGUAUCAUCCCCAUAUGCUUGGCGGUUAUUUGCAAUCGCCACCAAGCAUUUGUCAAGGCUUCUAAUCAGAUCAGCAGACUACAACUGAUUGACACAUAAAAUCAGUCAUUGGUUUUUCUUUAUGAUUAUGAAACUGCCAGUACAUUAUGGAGUCUGAUCACAAGAGUGCGAUUUCUUCACAGAUCUCAGGAAGUUGUGGUGCGACAGAGGCUUUUUAAAAAUGUGACUAAGGGACGAUCUUUAUCUGAAUAAUAAUGAUUUCUUUUAGGUAAAGCCUGAGAUAUAGUACUACAGAAUCAUGUUGAUGACUUCAGGUUUUGCAAGUAAAAUUGUGUCUUGUUAUUUGUAUUCAUUAGAAACUUGAAUAAGUACCUGAACUCAUUUCUCUUCUACUGUGCAGCAUAGUGACAAUUGAGAAAAUUUUCCUUUGGGGAAAAAAGUGAAUAUGAACAUUUCCAUUGUGUUAAGUGUAAAAAGGUCCAAAUAUGAUCAUAAAAUUUAAAUUUUAUACAAUUA